AUGUCCGAGACCACCAAACCUUUGCCUUUCUCUCUGCAGGCAGAUGAUUGGAAACAGUAUCUCCAAUAUCGUCCAGCAUACCCGAACUCUUUGUGGCAUGAAUGGCUUGAAUAUCAUCAAGGUUCUUUGAGCUCAGCACAUGACCUUGGAACGGGCUGCGGAAUCAGUGCGGCCAGUCUUCUCUCCGCCUCACAGGCUAGUAAUCAGCCCAUUGGACAGAUGAUUUUGUCCGACCCUUCAGAGAGCAAUAUAGUCACGGCGAGGGGGAUGUUGAGGGCGGAUCAUUAUCCUGGCACUAGACUUUUAUUUCACCAGAAGAUGGCUGAGGAUUACUUCCUUGAGCCGAACUCUGUCGACAUGGUCAUCGCUUGCGAGUGCCUUCACUGGACAGAUAUUGAUAAAGCGAUCGCCACCAUCCACGCGAGUCUCCGUCCGGGUGGCACCCUCGCAGCGGUCUUCUACAGUGUUUCGAGCUCUCAAAUCCGCGACAACAAGCGUGCUGACACGGCAUGGAAAGCAUUCCGCCAGAUGCAUUACAGACGGCUAAUUGAUGAAAAGAUAGAGACAUUCUUCGCGCGCAUAAAAACUUCUCAGCUCGGGAUGGGCCUGGACUUCGUGCCUUUAGAGAGGGACAAAUGGCAGGACGUAAAGAGAAUAUACAUCAAUGUGCCUGAUGGGCAAACCGAGUGGCCGAUGGAGGCCGGCGUCUUGGAACUGAUUAAAACUAAGGGUACGUCCAGAGUUGAUAGUGAGUACGACAGCUUUGAGUGGCGUGACGACCCGGAUGGUUGGGGCAUCAAGGACUACACCAUGGAGAAACUAAAGGAGAUGUUGAUCUCCUGGCACUUUCACUACGGUGAUAAGGAUUGGCAAAGCAAAGAAUGGAGAGAGUUAGAAGCCGCUGUUGCUGAGGGCUGUGAUACAUUUCAUCUCGUUUUCCCCGCCACGGUGAUUCUGGGCCGAAAGAAAUGA